UUUUCUGAUUAGACUAAUGACUUUCAGGUGUAUGACGUGAUGUCAGACUUUACUGCUGUGUAGUUUUAUCUUUUUAAUAACAGGAUUCAUCACUCAAAAUAGAAAUGAACGGAUCACUGAUGUGUAUAAAAAUAAAAACAUCAAAGUGUCGAAGCGUUUAAGCCAGAAGAAAUCGACCACAAACAGGAAAUGAAUGAACUUCUACUUUUACGUGGCUUUAAAAGCAGCUUUGGCUGAAGAGGUCAGGCGAACGAUGUCUUUCCUUGGAACGCUAUUCAUUUUCUUGCUUCAGUUUGAAGUCAGUGUCUGUGCCGUGUACAGAAUGGAGACCUACCGUCCGCUUGGGGAGGACGUGGUUUUGUUGUGUCAACUUCCUCAAUCUGACUCACAUUUUGGGGUCAAAUGGCGUCGCGGCGGAGAAACUCUGGUGAUGGACGGGACGGUGAUGGACGCCUGGGCUCCAGGAGGAAGGCUGAGUGUGAACAUUAACGGAUCUCUUAUCAUCAAGAAAGUUAGGGCUUCAGACGCCGGCGUCUACACAUGUCAGUUUCCAACGUCCGUCAACGUUUCGGUCAAUGCUCUGUGUCUUAUGUCCAUCUCUCCAUCUCCACCAGAUUCUGAGUGUAAAAAGGACAAAAUCAUGGAUUUAACUUGCUCUCUGAUUUGCAACCCCGUCUCAUGUGGAGAGGGCAGCAUCGUCUGGCUGAGUGGAACUGGAAAUGUGCUGCAAGAAAAGAAAGUUGGUCAGAACUUGGAUUCAGGCUGCAGUUCAGUUCUCACUGUGAACCGUCUGACGGGAAACUACAGGAGAUACAGCUGCCGGUUUGUUCAGGAAGACCAGGUCCAGACGGAGGUUCACUACACACCUGUCUUCUCAGAUUCCACAGACUGGCCCGUUCUGAGCUCCAUCCUGCUGAUUCUGCGCAUCGCAGGACUGAUCCUGAUGAUCUGUGUUGUUGUUGUUGUUUACAUCAGAACCAGAGGAAGCAAGAAUCCACCGAAGGACGUCAAUGUUCAUGUUGUCUGCAGAGACGACUCCCUGAACUAUGAAAAUAUUGAAGUUCGUUCUUCUGCUGCGAGUCGCUGAACUCCAUCACAACAAGCUUCACAUCUUAAGUUUUUAAUGCUGCUUCACUAUUUAUAUGUUACAAUGCUAAUAACUCAUAGAAGAAUCAGGUGGAAGUAAAAAUGUUUCUGUUUUCAGUCUAAAUGUUGUGAGGAAACUGCAGGACAGGAAGUGAAGGAAGAAUAAAGUGAAUGUUGAAGAAACUGAAAACGUUGCUGCGUACUGGAGCUUGUGCAGGAAAGUCAAAUGUUGCUUUUUUUAAUUUUAUCGUGUCAGUGUUUUUUUUUUCCUUCUUACAUUUUAAUAUUUUUUAACACUUCUUUGUUAAUGUGAUUUUCUGUCUUGUUUUCAUGUAAAAUAAAGCAUCUUUAAUUUCCUGUGUGCAUGGAUGAUACAACUAAUAAACUUGAAUUAUCUUUAA